AAAGGGCUUGUUAAAACUUUACUUUACCUUUUUUUUUUUGUGAUUUUUCUAUAAUGAUGUCUCUUUCCGCGGCACAGAAGGCUAACAUCCGCCUUCCCCCAGAAGUAAAUCGAAUUCUUUUUGUACGACAACUUCCCUAUAAAAUUACUGCGGAGGAGAUGUAUGAUAUUUUUGGUCAAUACGGUCCUAUUAGACAGAUCCGCCUUGGAACCAGCAAGGAAACAAGGGGAACAGCGUUUGUUGUAUAUGAAGAUAUUUUCGACGCAAAGAAUGCUAAUGAUAGUCUUUCUGGUUUUAACGUAAUGGGAAGAUAUUUAGUUGUGCUCUACUAUCAACCACAAAAAGCCCUACAAAAAGUGGAUGUAAAGAAAAAAGAAGAACAGAUUAAGCAAAUGAAAGGAAAAUAUGGGCUAUAAAUUUUUUU